GAAAAAAACAACAUUGUUGGCGUCUCUACCAUUCAGAGCAGCAGCUUCAGCUUCAGGGAUCUUUACUUAACUCUACAACAAUGAGUGUAUCACUGGUGGUGUGUGAUGUGGACGAAGAGCUGGUUAAAAAGGUGAAGAAGUUCCGUUUGCAGAAGGACUCUUAUAAUGCGGCCAUCGUUAUGAAGAUCGAUAAAGACAAGCAGCUGGUUAUCCUUGAAGACGAACACGUGGAUAUUUCUAUUGACGAUCUGAGGGACAUACUGCCUGAGAGACAGCCCAGAUUUGUCGUCUACAGUUACAAAUACCACCACGAUGAUGGACGCGUUUCCUACCCUCUGUGCUUCAUCUUCUCCAGCCCAGUGGGUUGCAAACCAGAGCAGCAGAUGAUGUACGCGGGAAGCAAAACCCAACUGGUGCAAACCGUGGGGAUGUCCAAGGUGUUUGAGAUAAGAAACACAGAGGACCUAACGGAGGAAUGGCUGAAGGAGAAACUUGUGAUCUUUGGCUAAAGUAAUCUCCUCUGGUGGUCUGGGAUGUGAGGAGGAUCCAGAUUGCACAAUCUCUUGGGGAGAACACACCACAGUUAAUGUUGCCCUCCUCCCUGUAGCAGACCUGAUUUAAAUAGUGUUUGAAAAUACCUUCUGUACUCGGUUUCAGGCCUCUUUGGUAGAGUUCAUGGCAUAUUACAGUUCAGUGUGGCACUAACUGAACCUCACCCAUCUGGCAGCCUAAAACUGACAACACUAUUUGAUGCGGGUCCGCUUUAGCCUCCCAUAAAAUCAAUCGAUGUGCCAGUUAUGUGUCUGUAUUGAAUUAACACUCCCGCAGCUCUUAAAGAGGAUUGAUAGUACGCAUCCUCGCUCCCUAGGCAUGUUCAUCCAGGAUAAUUGAAAGGCAUUGUAUCAGUAGUUCCUGCUACCUUCAGUAGUUUACACACAGCAACUCUGAACCUCUUUAGUUUCACCUUUUUUACGUUUUAAGAAUAUUUUCACAAUUUAAGGGAGUUUUUUUUUGUUUUGUUUCUGGUGUAUGUCGGGUAAUGUAAGCACAUACUUUAUAGCAGUGAUUUCCUUUUCUUGUGAAAAACAAACUGCCUGCCAGAAUAUCUGAACAACUAUAGUCACAAUUCAGUGAACAAUAUAGAGUUCGGCUAUAGUCUUUCCUUCAGUAUUAAUCUGUUAGAUUAUAAUUUAGGUAAAAAACUGUAAUCACUGCAGUCUAUAAAUGACAACAACACUAAGACCAAUCCUAAGACUUGUAUGUGAUGUGUUGUACCUUCUCCUGUGCACAACAACCAGCUGGCAGAAGUCCUCGAGGUGCUCAUCACGCUGCACAUUUUGCCCGUCAGUCCAUCCUCAGAUCACACCUUUUCAUCUGUGUAGAGAGAAAACAGUGCAACUCUCGGGUGAAGCUCUAUUCUGCAUAUUUGUUACAACGACAUCACACUCCUGUCAACAAUAUUUCCACUGAAACAUUCCAGACUGAACACUUUAUUACUGACAACAGACCUCCGUCUCCGGAGACCACGACAGUCUUGAAAACACGGCACAAUCUACUGGGCUACUUUAGGGAGAGUGUUGGCUAAUAUUGUUCAUCAUAGCUUUUGCUGUUAUUGGUGUUUUAUGGAUGUUGUGCUUCAUUCCGCUUGCUUAUUAGUGGUCGUAGCUUGACAAUGAUGGCUGUGACUUCUCCAAGAUGCUAGUUGUGCUUAACAUUUAGACUUGGCAGGUCAUUCACAUCUUCCAUACAGGACAGGUAUAGCUUUUUGAAGGCUGAUAUUGAUAUUUGCGUAUUGAAUGUGCCAGCAGCUCAUAUCUAAUUAUAUUUUAAGUUUAAAUUGAAACACAAACAGAGGUUAACAUGACAAAUUUUAGCUUUUCAAAACUAAAACAACAUACAUUUUGUCACUUUCCAAAAACUUGUGGUAUCUAUUUCGUAUUUGGAUGUUUUUCAUGCUUUUCCAUGUUUUCUUGCUGAUGAUCCUUUUAAAACAGCAUUUAAACCAAUCCAACACACCAAAACAUCAAACCAGUUGCUAGUUCUUUAAGGAUUAGUGGCUCUUAACAGCAGGGCGACCAGCUUCAGAUAGUUAACGCUACAACAAAAUGCACUUCAAAUCUGUAUUGCUGGUGCUACAGGCUGGUUUUGUGUGAGCGGUGAGAGAGAAAAACUUCCAUUUUCUGGUUCUGAUCCGUAAGAAAAGCUUAAUAUCAGCUCUGUAUAUUGGUCUGACCGUAAUAAAGAAUAAUAGAUAUACAAAUGAUAAUCAUCAUGUUCGCCCAUCAGUGUCAGCUCUUAUUGAGAAACUACUUAUUACCUAACUACUACCAUACCAAUGGCGUGUCUUAACUUUUUAUUUUAUCAUAUAAACGUCUUUAAAUAAAAAUGAUAAGGCCAAAAUGUAAACAUGACACAAAUAUGUUUUUGGGGGGAAAUAGAAGGUGAUUCGAGAAGCUUUGUUGGGGGAAUUAUAAUAAUUUUUUUCUAACUUUAUGAUGUGUAAAAUCAGACAUUUGACUUAAAGAUAUGUAUCCACGAUUACACCAUUUAAAUCACUGAUUUAGAUGUCAGGGCCGGCUUUAAGCCCACAGGUACAGUGAGGUGUAACUGUAAUCAUUGAUACCAUCAAAGCUAAGAUGUACACUGUCAGCUUGACGGUCAAAUUUUCAAAAAUGCGCAGUCAGUCUGAAAUCAAAGAUGUCUGUCUUUAUAAAUUUGAAACAUGCAAUGAACUGAUAUCUGAAACGAGAUGUGGAGAGCUUCUGUAAAAUAAAUUCAAUGCUUUAACGUACGUCUGAAUGGGUUUCCUAAUGCCACAUUCAAGAAUCUGCUGCUCUGUUGCAUGCAUUUUACAUUAUUUAGUUCAUUUGAUUAGACGGGAUUUAUUUGCACACAAACAUCUGGUCUCGGCUAUGCUCUUUAUCUGAAAUAUUACUGUACUUUCUUUUUUUUCUGUUAUUUGUCAUAGAAAUGCGUUGUAAUGGACUGUCCAUUGAUCAUGUAUCAAUCAAAAUCAAUCCCCUCAUAUGGUCGAGUGAACUAAGUGUUCCCUUCUGAGCCAUGUAUCUGGUUAUGUGGAGUCCAGCUUUCGCUCCUACGUGGUGAACAUGUAUUAUUGGGCUUUUUGGGUCUUUUGCUUUAAACUUGCAAAUGUGUCGUUGGGCUCUUGCUGUCCUCUCUAAUCAAAUGCAUACUAUUCUAUUUUCUUUCCUUUUUAAUGAAAACGUGUCAUUACCAGCUGCCUCAUGGCAUCAGUGAAACUUGAGAUAUUUGUAUUUUCCCAUACUUUAUAAAGUGUCUAUUGUCCUAUUGUUCAAAUAAAAUGACAGUGAUGUUUA